AACCCAAUUUCAUAUGUCGUGUGGGUCGUGUGCCAGCAAUGGACUGGGGCUUUGAGAAAGUAUAAGAGAGCUGGAACGACGCAGCAGUAGUUCGGCUUACGUGGGUCCAACACCGAUUGUACGUGAUUAAUUGGUAUUGUUCUUGUCACGAGUGAUUGACAAUACGAAUUAUCCGACAAUGGCCCUUAGCCAAACAAGUGUGUUGAAACUCUAUAAUACUGUGAUAGAGGAUGUCAUUGCGGGAGUCAGAGAUUCAUUUUUAGACGAAGGAGUUGAUGAACAGGUUCUUUUAGAGCUCAAACAAGUAUGGGAGCAGAAGCUAAUGCAAACUAAAGCUGUGGAAGUAAAUGCAGAGCCUCCAGAACCACAACCACCUCAGAUGCCUACAUCUAAGAAUACUACUGCUAGUAAAGCUGCCAAUAUUGGCAAUCACUUCGCACAACAGCAAACGUCAUCAGCAGCUGCAGCGGCGAGUCAAGCACAAUCCCAACAGCAUCAGCAAGUAUCCGCUCCCGGGCCACAAGCAAUCCGUGCAGCUUUACCUCAACAUCAAAAUGUCCAACAAACUCAGCAGCAGGCUCCAGCAGCCCAGCAGGUACUAUCAGCACCAGCUGCGUUGUUUGAUCGUCCAGUUCCAAUUCAAAUAACCCUACCUGGCAAUUCGGCAACUGGGGAUGGCAGGCCUAAGGUCCUGACGAUCCAGGUACCUGCUUCGGCUAUUCAAGGAAAUCAGUUGCAAACGAUUUUGACUGGGCCUGUUAUUACUGCGGCAAUGGGCUUUCCAAUGGAUGUUGCGUCGCGAUUGCUACAGCAACACGUUGAUAAAACUCUCCAAGGACAGGCAUCUCUCACCCCUAUGGAGAUUAAUCAGCCACUUCAAGUUAUUCAAGGCACAGCUACUAUGCAGCUGCCUGUGCAGAAUCAGAAUCAGGGAAAUAUUGCUCAGCUGGAUGGACCUCAUGUAGAUACUUCUGAUGACGACGAUGAAGAUGAGGAAGAGGAUAAUGAUGACGAUGACGAUCUAGAUGACGACAAGGAUGCAGAGGAAGAUGAUGACGCCGGUGCGCGUGAAGAGGAGCCUCUGAAUUCAGAGGACGACGUCACAGACGACGAUCCGACAGACCUAUUUGACACAGACAACGUAGUGGUGUGUCAGUUUGAUAAGAUAACAAGAAGUAGGAAUAAAUGGAAAUUCUAUCUUAAAGAUGGGAUAAUGAGUUUGAGCGGUAAGGAUUAUGUGUUCCAAAAAGCCAACGGCGACGCAGAGUGGUGAAAUCAUUCUUUUAAAUAAUUUUAAUUGAUUAAGGAAAUUAUAUAAUUAAAAUAUAUGUGAAAAUGGUCGCCUCCGAUCACCUUGUUUGUUGUCAACAAAAUGGUCUAAUUCGUGCAUAUCGAGUGAACCUUGACUUAUAUAUUUCAAAAGCAAAAUGAGAAACAAAAUUGAAAGUUAAAAAAUGUUUAUUUAAAAAUACAAAGAUUAAACGAAACAUCUUCACGUAAAAACCACAAAUCAUUAGAUUGAAAUGUUUAUGAAAGUGUGUUCUUCAUUUAUUUGUAGGACAAAAUGGAAAAAAAGAAUUAGAGGGCCGAUUCUAGGGGUGACUUGUUCCUGUCUUGGGAAAUCAGCUCUCGCAUUUUUUUCAUUUCAUGCGCUUUACUCCUAUUAAAUGUUGAAAGUAAUUUUUUCAUUUCUCUUAUUAGCUAAUUUUUUAUUUCAUGAAAAAUACACAUUUAGAUUGCCUGUUAGGAGGAAUCGUCUUUUCAA